UAAGAUUGUCCAGUCACAAAAAGCCAUUGAGGCCAUGCAACCGAAGGCACGACGUCUACGAGCAUCAUUUCACGAACUUCGUGCUGCAAGCUUAUUCUGUUUGUCAGGCUCAUCGAUUAAUUCACGACACACUUGCUUUUGAGCCAUGAACCUUUACGCGGAGAUACCAAUUGCAAUGUUGCGAGCAGGAAUGGUUCAACAGGACGCAGAGAUCAGUCCGACACUUGAAAGCACUUACCAUAUGUGCUACCUACCCUUGUACUCUGCAUUGUGGCUUACCUUGCAGUCUGCGCAGUUCCUGUGGUUCAUUACAACCGUUCACACCCCCCAAACCACCGAGCAACUCCAGAAACGGAUGAUCUCAAUUUUAUUCUACCCAUUUGGCCGACUAUUGUUGCCGGAACAAGAAAUGGACGGCAGGGAGAGGUCGAUACGUCAUAAAGUGCACGGAUCUGGGAGCCGCCACAGCGAGGUCAUUACACUCAGUCUAACUAAAUACCUCAGUGAGGUGAGGCGAAGCUAUGCAGCUUUGUUUUGGGACGUUCAAAUCGCGCAUAGGAUUUCGUCUCGACAAGAUUGUGCUCAACCUUGCUUCGCGAGCUUUGCACGUCUUCGAUCCUUCCUUAUGACAAGCAGCCAGCUUGUCAAUGUUGCACAGAUGCCAAUUACGAGUACCGAAAGAUUGAUCGCAUAUGAAGUGCGAUAUCUUGGGCCGAAGACUGUGCUGAAGACAUGAGGACCUACGAUUCCACUAUAUAGAGGGUCAGCAUACGUACGCCGACUAGACGCUUUUGACAUAUCUGAACUGAGCGCAAGCGUUUGUCAGCCCAAUGCCAAUACCCGAUGCCACUGUACCUUCGAGCGCUCUGAUACGCUCAGGCUAGAUCACUGGAUACGCACAACCAACGCAGGCUACAGCGAACAACUGGGUUAUCGACUGUGAGAAGGAUGCU